AUGCGACCCUUUUCAUUCCUUGCUUUGUUGCCUGUGGUGCUGGCCAACCCAUUGAAUGUUCGCAGCACUGCCUGCAACAACAGUCCCGACCUUUGCUCCAAAACAUAUGGUGAAAUAACUCAUCUUGGAGCCCAUAAUAGUCCCUUCUUGAAAGACUCUAGCACCAGUAAUUCUAUGUUUGGUAAUCAAUACUACGAUACCCCCACCCAGCUCGAUGCAGGUGUCAGACUAGUCUCUGCCCAAGUACAUAAAAGCAACUCAGAAUGGCACCUCUGUCAUUCAAGCUGUUCAUAUCUAGAUGCAGGGCUACUGAGUGAUUGGUUGGCCGAGAUCAAGUCUUGGAUGGACAAAAACCCUAACGAAGUGAUCACUAUUCUCCUCGUGAAUUCAGAUAGUGCAACUGCUGCGGAGCUUAACACCCAAUUUACCACUGCCAACCUCACGGAUCUCGCGUACGAACCUAGCUCAACCUCGUCUUCAUGGCCAACUCUCCAAACAAUGAUUGACGAUGACAAGCGACUUGUGGUAUUUGUAGCAUCUCUGACUACCAGCACAAGCUAUCCAUAUCUACUCAACGAGUGGGAUUAUGUUUGGGAGACACCAUACGACGUAACCUCGCCAUCAAACUUCACCUGCAACCCCGACCGUCCCAGCGACACCUCACUAUCCUCCGCCCUAUCUGGCAGUUCACUCCCGUUCAUGAACCACUUCCUAUAUUCCGACGACCUAGCUGUCAUUUCUGUUGAGUACCCAAAUACCAGCUACGUCUCAGUGACCAACGCGGCCUCAGGCGGAGUGGGUAAUCUCGGAAGCACAGCAACAAAAUGCAAAAAGGAGUACAAUGGCCGGCAGCCGACUUUCAUCCUUGUGGACUUUUUCAACAGUGGACCGGCUAUCGAUACAAUUGACAACCUCAAUAAUGUUACGAAUGCAGUGGGCCGCACUUCUGUUUCGACUUCUUCAUCGACCUCUACCAGCGGCGGUUCCACCAUCAACGGUGUUUUCAAGAGUCUUGUCCAGCUUGCUGAGUCGGCUAGGUCCGGUUCAACCCCAACUAUGGGUAAUUGGAUCUGGGUCGGUGGAAAUUGGGGUAACAUUCUUGGAGGAGGUAUUAAUUUGAGAUGA